CUGUAGAGCUUCGAGAGUCCACAGCAGCUUGUUUUGGUUGUGUUUGAGUGAAGGACUGGCAAAAAAAACAAAAAAAAAAAAAAACCGGUUGUUAAACACAACAAUAAGCCUAGAGCUUUAAACCCGGGCCAGGAGAGAAAAACGCUUCCAACGUUCAACCAAAAAAAUAUGGGUGCUGUUUCGAGUAGCACAGACGACGAAAGGGAGCCACUUUUGAACACAACACAGCAGUCUGAUUCGAGUUUUGUUCAGCCAGCCAGUCGGGUGUACAGCAGAAGAUGGCUGGUGUUGGGCCUGUUUUCGCUGCUGGGGUUCAUGCAGGGAAUGGUGUGGAACACCUGGGGUCCGAUCCAGAACUCUGCCAAGCAAGCCUACGGCUUCACCAGCACAGACAUUGCCAUGCUUGUGCUGUGCGGUCCAGUUGGGUUUAUUCCUUGGUUCCUGUUCAUGUGGCUGAUGGAUAAAAAGGGUCUCCGUGUUACAAUGCUGCUGUCUGCGUUCCUGAUGGUGGUUGGGACUGGGGUGCGGAGCAUCCCCCUUACGGAUCUGUCAAUAAAGAAAUGGUUGAUCCAUGGUGGACAGCUACUGAAUGGUUUGGCCGGCCCAACUGUUAUGAGUGCUCCCCCUUUGCUCUCCACAACGUGGUUCGCUCCUGAUCAAAGGGCCACGGCCACUGCUGUUGCAGCUCUGCUCAGCUACCUGGGAGCUGCAUGCUCGUUUCUGAUUGGUCCCCUGGUGGUGCCGGCACCCAAUCAGACAGCAGUGCUGCAUUGUUCAGCAGACAAGAGCAGUGCCCAUAUAAGGGAUUGUGUUCAAAUUGUACUGUAUGCAGAGUUUGCCAUGGUCUUCCUGCUGUUUGCUGCGGUGGUGGCCUAUUUCCCGUCUCGGCCCCCUCUCCCUCCCAGUGUGGCUGCAGCCAGCCAGAGACUGAGCUAUCGAAGCAGCUUCUGUCGACUCCUCAGCAAUUUCCGCUUUCUGAUGAUCGCUCUGGCUUAUUCCGUGCCGCUUGGUAUAUUAGCCGGAUGGUCAGGAGUCCUGGACAUGAUUUUGACACCUGCCAAAGUCAGCCAGGUGGAUGCUGGUUGGAUCGGAUUCUGGUCUACAGUCGGAGGAUGUGUUGUUGGUAUUGGAGUGGCCAGGUUUGCAGACUCUAUGAGGGGCAUGCUGAAGCUCAUCUUGCUGCUGAUGUUCUCCGGAGCCACUCUGUCGUCUACCUGGCUCACCCUCACCUGCCUCCCAGACAGUGGCUCUCAUCUGCCUUUAACCACAGCUACUCUGUACACCUCGUGUAUCCUAGUGGGAAUAUUCAUUAUCAGCAGCGUGCCAAUGUUCUUCGAGCUCUUCAUUGAAACAGUCUAUCCAGUGCCAGAGGGCAUCACAUGUGGGGUGGUCACCUUCCUAAGCAACCUCUUCAUGGGAGCCUUGUUAUUUUUCUUAACGUUUUAUCACACAGAUUUGUCCUGGCUGAACUGGUGUCUCACAGGAUCCUGUCUCUUCAGCCUUCUCCUUAUCCUCCUCUUCAGGGAAUCAUAUGACAGGCUCUAUCUCGAUGUCUUCGUUUCUGUUUAAUGGAAGAAAGAACACACUUUUUUAUUUUUACAUGAAAAGACUGGACAUUUUUAAUUAGGACACUUGGCUCCGAAAUUACUCUGGAGUUAAAUAGGUUUUUCGUCUCAUUGGAAUACAUGGGACGCCUCAAUUAAAUCCAAUCAUUAAUCAGGUGGGACAGUUCUUAUCCAUUUUACAAAUAAUAGUUUUCAAAAGAUCUUUUCUAACUUUUCAGAAUUAAUAGGUGUCAUGUACUCAAUAAAUUCAAUAUCUAAUUUCUUGUCUAACUCCAAACCUAUGAUCUCAUUUCUUUGCUUUCCUCCGAGCCCCUCCUUUAUCUGAAAUGUUAAGUGAACCAAGGUUCCCAGGAUCUUGGUUUAUAAUAUAAUAUAAAAACACUACUGCAUGCAAAACACUAAUUUUAUAUGUGUUAUAUAUGAGAGAUGUUCUUAAUAUGUGACAUCAUCUUCUAAGUGAUUAUAUUAUGCUAAAUUAAAGGUAUGUGUUUCUUUUAACUUCA